CACUAUGCAUUCAGUGGCUGCUUUCUUCCUUUUACCUGGGUACGAACAAGGUAAUUCUAUAUAAACAGUAAUUUGCACGUAACAAAACAAAAUGCAUUUUAUCAUUGUGUAUGCACAUAUUGUUAGAAGCAACUAUGUCUUCAUGAAUAUAUAGCCUUAAAUUUUUUCUACACAAAUUCAUAUACAGUACAUUGAAACAUAUAUCCCUCUGUCCUUGUGUGUUAUCAAUUUUCUUAGAAGUAUAUUGUUCGAAGCAACUUUGUAGAAGAUUUUUCAAACAUUUACCUCACAAAUCUUGUACUACAAAUAUCCUUCUGUCCUUGUGUGUUCUCAAUUUUCUUCUUCACAGCUUAUCAGUUUGACUACUUGUCUGUCAAGCACAAAGACUAAAAUGAGCAGCAUCAUGAACUAUUGCCUUAUGUUCUUCCUCUGCUCCAUAAUUCCCCUUGUACUUCGCCAUGUGGGGGUACAUUCAGGUCCUUCAACUCAGAUUCUGCAUUCUUUCCAUGAAGACAAAAACAGGUCAAUCACAGUGAAAGAAGAACAAGCACACUCUACAUCUAGAAAGUUUUCAUUGCACGGUUCUUGCAGUAACAGAGACAUAAGCAUCUCACAAAGCAGAGAAUCUACAGCUGGGAUUCCGCAGUAUGUUGUGCAAAUUGUCAACACCUGUGUUUCUGAGUGUGCUCCACAUGAAAUCCGCAUCCACUGUGGCUGGUUUGCUUCUGCAAGAGUAAUCAACCCCAGAUUGUUCAAGAGGCUUUACUAUGAUGAUUGCUUGGUGAAUGGAGGGAAGCCUUUAGCCUCUAGCCAGAUCAUCAGAUUCUCCUAUUCCAAUUCCUUCAUGUACCCUCUUGCAUUCAAGUCUGCCAAAUUUUGUUGAGUUCCAAAAAGUAAAAGAACUUCAAAUUAUAGAACUCAUUUCCUACACCCAAAGAAACAUGUGAAACCACAGGCAUGCUUGUAAAUCCUUUUACAUUUGAGUGCAUGUUUAGAUACACAGUAACAUUGGAAGGAGAAGUUACUCCUAGUAGCUCUUGUGGGAGUAGAAUUGCUUCUGGAAAAUUUGGACAUGAAUCUAAACAUGCUCUGAUUCUAAAGCCAGAAUCAAUUACGAAGAGAAACUUAUGUGAGUAGUUUUUGGGUUCCAUACAUUUCUUGUAGUUGUGAUUCAGGCUGAUUUAGCUAGUGUGGUUUGUUAGAAAUAUAAUGCAAACUAUUUAUGAGUGUUUAAGCUUUGAGCAGAAAAGGU